UUUUUACAUACUUUUUUGCCGGAUCGACGUGUACAUGCUUGCAUCCACGAGAAAAAAACAUGCCGUUUUGUUUUAUUUUGUUCCCUAUAUCUAGAGGGAGAGAGAAAAGCCUCUGCCUCUUCCUCUCACUCAAAUGCGAUGGCCGUGGCGCCGCAGUACCAGCAACCUGCUGCAGGGGCCUCCUCAUCUCCUCACCUGCGCGUCCUCCACACCGCCCUCGUGCCGCCGUCUCCCUCCUCAGGCCCCGCCCCGCCUGAGUCCUCCCUCCCGCUCACCUUCUUCGACAUCUUCUGGCUCCACUCCCCGCCCGUCGAGCGCCUCUUCUUCUACCGCCUCGCCCCCGACGCCGACGUCGCCGCCAUCCUCUCCAACCUCAGGGACUCCUUGUCCCAGGCGGUCCGCACCUUUUACCCGCUCGCCGGCCACCUCCGCCUAACCCCCGCCACGACCAACCGCUACGAGCUCUAUUACCGCCCGGGUGACGGCGUCACCUUCACCGUCGCCGAGUACGACGACGAUGCCGACAACCUCUCCACCGACGACCCCCGGGAGUUUGCAAGGGUCGCCCCGCUUGUGCCGCGGCUGCCCGAGGGCGGUGCGGUGCUCGCCUUGCAGGCCACGCUGCUUGCCGCGAGCCGCGGCCUCGCCCUCGGCGUCACCGUGCACCACGCCGCCUGCGACGGCGCGGGCUCAACGCACUUCCUGCAUACCUUGGCGGCCGCAUGCACCGGCGCUCAAGCGCCACCGCCACCCCCUGUCAUCGACCGGACUCUCAUCCCCGACCCCAGGGGCCUUUACGACGUCUUCUUCCAAGCCGUGCCGAGCACCGAUGAGAUGCAGUUCGUCAAGAUGUCCGCCGAUCAGCUCAUCGCCACCUUCACCCUGUCCAAAGACGGCGUGCAGCGUGUCAAGGACGCGGUGGUCGCCGAGGCGGCGCGGCGUGGCAUUGCGCCGCCCCGGUGCUCCUCGCUGGUUGCCACCUUGGGCUUCGUCUGGUCGUGCUACCAGCGAGCCAAAGCGAGCAGCGGCAGCGGCGAGGGCUCGGCCUGCUUGCUAUUCCCCGUCGACCACCGAUCACGGAUGAAGCCUCCCCUCCCCGACAAGUACCUCGGCAACUGCGUCGGCCCAGCGCUCGGGAUAGCAUCCAGGGGCGAGCUGGCGGAGGCUGGCGCGGGCGGGCUCUUGACCGCGUGCACGGCGGUCGCUAAGGGAAUCGACGAGGCGGUGAGCGGCAUCGGGACACCCAGCAUGGACGCGUUGAUAGACCGCAUCAAGGAGGUAGCCGCGAUGGGCACGCUGUCCGUGGCCGGGUCGCCGAGGUUCCGCGUCUAUGAUCUGGACUUGGGGUUCGGCCGGCCGGUCAAGGUGGACAUCGUGUCCAUUGCGAGGACCGGCGCGGUGGCGAUGGCGGAGAGCCGGAGCAGCGCCGGCGGCAUGGAGAUGGGCAUCUCUCUGAAGCCGGAUGGCAUGGACAGCUUCCGGAAGUGCUUCGCUGAUGCCAUCGCGUGGCUGGAUGCUUGCACCUUCUAAGCUGAGCUGAGCUGGGUGGCGGAGAGCCAGCGCGCCACAAUUUUUUUUUAACAGAACCCCUUACCCGGUCUUCUUUGAAGACCUUUUCACGGGGUGCAUAUCACAUCCAGUUUUAACAGUCAAAAUUAGAUAC